AUGAUAUGUAUCACGACUAUCCUCAUUGUCGCGCAUGCCGCCUCACUAGACACGUGUACCCGUAGCCUGCUGCGCAAACGCCUGCGCAGUGGUGGUGGCUCCGGUGGUAUGAACGAGGUUGAAGAGCUGCACCGUCGCUGUGUCUGCGUUCCCUACUGUGGCAUGCUGGUAGCGGUGGAGGGCAAGCGUUGGCACCUGCAGGAGCCACCCAUCCCUUGCCUCUCCUACAAGGAGAACUCAGACUUUGACUGGCGUCACUUCUACGGCUCCUCUUCCUGCAGUUUAGGCUUUAAGUGA